AUGAAUCAUCAUAGAGAGCGUGAAUGUACUAUCAAUAUUCCUUUGAAAAAAAUCAAUGGAAUCGAUUAUUCUGUCUCACCUAUUUUAUUACAAAAAUCACUUAUUAAGGUUAUGUCUGAACAAUGUGGAUUCAAGUUUCGAUCUGUUCGUCUUCCUGAUCGAUAUACCACCACUUAUGAAGAUGUUGAUCUCAAAAUCAUUCAUGACAACCCCCUUGGCAUAUAUGAUAGGUCAACAAACACCUCAUGGUCGACUUUUGAAGUAGAAAAGGAUCAGCUGGGUUCAGUCAUUCUGUCCGAGGCCAAUCAACAACUAUGCGCUAACUUGGAACGUGCUUAUUCCAUUUUAUUUUGUCAUCAUCUUGGGCAAAAAUAUCCAUUGAUUUUUUCUCAAGGUUAUGUGGAAAAACUGACAGGAACCACCAAACGUAUACCUACCAUGGCACGCUCUCUUCAACGUAUAUUAGAAACAGCCAAGACAGCAUCAAAGACUCAUUUUCAACAAAAAGCAUUGGAUUACUUGCAGAUGACACGACAAAAGAACAGAAUACUUCAAUCGCAUCAUCGACAACAGCAAGAAGGAUUUGGCGAAUUGGAAUUCAAUAGUAUCUACGGUGAUCUUGUCAUGGGUCUCUAUCAUUCUACAAAAAACACAGAAUCUUUACGACAACAUCGCGUCAUGAUCAAAGGCAAACCUACUUUAUCCAUCGUAUCAUCAUCUGCAAGUAGGGACAGACAUGAAGAUUCUCUCCAAGCACCUAAUGCUGAUCAAGCCAUUCAAGAUCUAUGGGCCACUCUAUGAAUGAUUUAUACCGAUCUCCUUGUUUUUACAUAUUCUUUUUUUUCUCUUAUGCAUGAUUUCACUAAUCCAUAUUCCCCCAUUCGCUUGUAUCUCCCCCAUUCCUAUUAUUUGAUAAUAUAUACAAAAAAAAAUAAUGUUGGCAAUU